UAUCUAUCCGUCUUAUCUUAAACCUUCAAUGAAAGAAUGUUAUUUUUAUCAACAUUUUGAAUCGGCUAUCCAGUUUGUAUUUGAUCAGUUUGAUGAAUGUAAACCUUUGACUGUUUCAGAAACUUGGUCAAGGAUCUCCAAGAAUACAUCAGUUGCUAAUAUUAGAAAAAGAAAAGCUGUUAAUGAUUAUGUUACUUUCACAAUUGGAUGGGAUUCAUAUAGAAGUAAUUGGGCACAUGAACGUGUAUUAAAGGAAUUAGGAAAGAAAAUGAAGAUGAGCUAUUAUGAUAGACUUGAAUUUAAUUAUUGCGUUGAAAGUACUAAUCGCACAAAAGUCCUUUUCCCAGAUGGUUCAAUUUUAUAA